CUUUGGAUGACACCCUCUUCAGACUUGCUAGCGCCCUGUGCUCACGCCGAACUGAGAAGAAGUGCCUUCCCUUCCACGGGGUUCCAAGGGAGGGAGGAGGCAGCGAGUGAGUCCCAGGACGCUUCCCCAAAGUCGAACCCUCUCUCCUCACUCUUCUCUGCUGCCUCCACGAGGCUCCUGGUCUUCCGGUGCCCUGGGAAUGGGAGAAAGACCGCGCGCGCGCCUCGUGCGGGAAGCCCGCCUGCGAUUGGCUGAGCUGCUCUCCCCGCCGCCACUUGGAAGCCCUUUGCGCCCCUUUGGAGCCCGCGUGCAGGUGCUCUGGAAGUAGGACCGAGCGCGCGCGCGCCCGCGAUUGGCUGGACGGGAGUGUGCGCCGGGCAUGGAGCGCAACCUGAGCGCCAAAGCGAGCGCCAACGGGACCUCCGAGGAGGAGGAGGAUUCGGCGGCGGAGGCGACCUUGGCGUGGGCUUUCGGCUUGGUGCUGUCGCUGCUCUACGUGGCCGGCGUCUCGGGCAACGCGUACACCUUGGCGCUGCUGUGGCGCUCGGGCCGGCGCUGCUGCUGCUGCCCGUCCGCCUUCUCCUCGGCUUCCUCCCGCGGGGCCCCCUUGGCGCCCUCAAUCGCCAGCCUGGCGCUGGCCGACCUGCUCUACCUGGGCUCCAUCCCCUUCAUCGUGGGCACCUCGCUGGCGCGCGACUGGCCCUUCGGGGCGCUGGGCUGCCGCCUCCUGCUCAGCCUGGACCUGCUCACCAUGCACGCCAGCAUCUUCACCCUCACCCUCAUGUGCGCCCAGAGGUACCGCGCCGUGGCCAGGCCCCUGGCCGCCCGGGGGUGCGCGGGGGCCCCAAGGGCCCAGGGGGCGCUGGCCAUUGGCGCCUGGGCCCUCUCGCUGCUCCUGGCGCUGCCCAUGAUGCUGAUGGUGAGCCUGGGCCGGAGCCCCGACGGGAAGCGCCUCUGCGCCCCCACCUGGAGCCCCCGCGCUUACCGGCUCUACCUCAGCCUGCUCUUCGGCACCAGCAUCGUGGGGCCCGGGCUGGCCAUCGGAGCCCUCUACACCCGCCUGGCCCUGGCCUACCUGGCCUCGCUGAGGCGCCCCCCGCGCAAGCAGGAGCCCCGCCGCUCCCCACGCCGCAAGGUCCUGCUCUUGCUCCUCAGCAUCGUGCUUCUCUUCUGGGCCUGCUUCUUGCCCUUCUGGCUCUGGCAGCUUGUGCCCCUCUACCAUGGGCCGCCGAGCCUGGCCCGCCCCACCCGGAAGGCCAUCCACUACCUGGUCACCUGCCUCACCUACAGCAAUAGCUGCAUCAACCCCUUCCUCUACACUUUGCUCACCCGCAACUACCAGGAGGACCUCCGCAGCCAGCGCAGCGCCCGCUACCGCUUCACCUCCUCCUGCCACAACUUGGGAGCAGCCCAAAGGCAGCCUGGGGAAGAGGGUCUGGCCAUGGCCACACUGCACCACCUCAAGUGAACGGCCUCCCACCUAGCCUUGCUUCUCUGCACUCUACCUCCAGGUGGACCUGGCCCAGGUAAGGGUGAGUUAGGGAUCUUUCAUUGAGAAAGGCAAUUUGAGGAGAAACACUUCUGCAAACUCAGCCUGCUUUGGAGUGUUGUGUGGUUUUGGGUCUGUAUGGCUGUGUUCUAGCAGCAUUUUCUCCUGGCAUUUCCCCUGCAUCUGUGGCUGGCAUCUUCAGAGGACUUGUUGUACUCCAUGGCAGGAAGCACUUCUGUACUUAACCACCACACUCCAGUCCAAGUUAAAUCAACACAUCAUUUCAGCAGGGACAUGAGAGAAACCUCCCACAAGGAUGGUAAAAACAUCAAAAAACAUUUGGGCGUCUCCUGGGCAACGUCCUUGCAGACGGCCAAUUCUCUCACUCCAGAAGCAACUCAAGUUGCUCCUGACACGAAAAAAAAAAUCAGUUCAUUGAAGAUUAUAUAAAAAGCAAUUCAGCAAAAAUAGUAAAAGCAUCAAAGUCUAACUGUCUGAAAUAGUUCAUAAGCUUCAAGGUACAAAAGUAGUUUCAAAAACCCAAAACAACAGGGUAUCUAGCACAGGAAUGUAAAAGAACCAGGAUACAGAAGGCAGCACGAAAUCUAAUAUAAAAAUCCAGGAAUAAUCACUCAAGCUUGGAAGCAGGAAACAUGAACGAACAAAUACAUGAAACUAGAAUUCCCUUGGCAGGCAUAACUAGGACUUGGCAAAAAAUGUUGCAUCAAGCUCCCAACGUUGACCAGACUGCUAGAAAAUCCCUCUAGUGUUUUUAAUAUAGCCAUGAAAUCAUGCUGUCUUCCCUGAAUACCUGAUAAUUGCUUUUUCUCUAACAAGCGCUGUGACCUUUGCCAAGUCUGUGAAGUUUAUGAAAACUAAGUCUCCUAUCUAUCAGUUCAUUAGCCUCUCCACCUGGAAUUUCAUCCUCUGAACUCGCUUCCCUAGAGAAAGACUUCUCUGGGCCCCUCUCUGGAAAGUGGCCUUCACCUUCACUAACAGCAGGAGAUUCUAGGCAUGAAAGCCUUGGACAAUACAUUCAGCCUGCUUUGUGUAUUUGACUUGGUUGGGAUUCAUGUAGACUAAUGUAUAAGUCUAGGAAUGUUCGUUCAAAAAUCCAACCCCAAAAACCUGCGUUGACUUCUUCACAGGUCACUGUAAGUACUGUAUCCUAAAUCUUACAAGAAAUGAAGGAACCAUCCCCUUCUGUGAAUGAAAUGGCAAAAGGCAAGAGCUUUAUCAAUCCCAGGAGAACCUUAAAAAAGCACAACCCCCUCUAUUUUCACCAACAUGGUGUCACUUCUGGCCUUUUUGAAUGUCAGGGCAGGAAAAUCCUUGAGGCAUUGUUAGUUCUUUCUCCUCUCCACAGAACAACUCUCAACUUACCUACAGGUCAUAUCAAAAUCCAUAAUUUUGACCCCCAAACCCUGUCAUUGACAUAUACAUAAGAUUAACUUAUAUAUGAGUAUAUGGUAUCUGAAGUCCUCAUAAGUUUGUUAGGCAGAGAAAAACUUACAAUAUUUGCCCAGUCAAUAGUCAGAUUUACUAUAUUUCUUCAGUUCUAAGAGACUUUUUUUUCUAUAUAGACAUCUCCAAAUUGCCUGAAGAAGGGUUGGAGCAUUGUUCUUCUCAGAACUGUGGCAAAAACAUUUUGCUGCAGAAAAACUAUUUGUGGAGCUGAGUCAUAAUACUUCCUUAUAAAUUUUCUUUUUUUAAAAAAGAAAGUGAUUUCGCUAUACAGAUGAUUACAUAGGAAAUCCUGAAGCUAGUUUGAGGCCAGGAUGCAAGUACACAAAUCACAGAGCACAGAUGCUCAUUAAGGGGGCAUUAAUCUGCAUACUUUUUGUGGGAGUUUGUUGUCUGGCUGACACAAUUUAAAGCUAGCUUCAAACUGCAUUAAAUGAUGAGUCUCUCUUUUAAAGAGAAAAUCUAGAAGUGAAAGUAACAGCUCAUUGAGCUACUUCAAAUAUUUGUGUUUUGUUUGAUUCUCUACUAUUAAGGAAGGUUUUUAGUUAACUUCAUGUGUGUGGUAGUGGGCGGGGAGAGUAUUCCUAACAGCAAAAAUCAUAUAAACAUUGUUGUAAUUAUUUUAUUUCCAUUGAUAAGCUGUUUUCUUCAGUGAAUUCAGGGAGGGGUUGUCAGCCUUCUGUAUCCACAGAUACAGCAUCCAUAGAUUCAACCAAUCACAGCGCUAAAUAAGAGGAAUCAUUCCAAAGAGCAAUAUUCGAUUUUUUCAUUUUAAAUAUGAACACCAUUUUACUAUGACAUUGUAUAUCUAGAUCCGUGUCAGUCUGGUUUCAGGCCUGGCUAUGUAACAGAGACAGCUUUGGUUGCUUUGGUGGAUGACCAGGGGGAGUGUGUCUGUUGGUUCUCCUGGACCUCUCAGCGGCUUUUGACACCAUUGACCAUGGUAUCCUUCUGGGUUGUCUCGCUAGGAUGGGAUAGAUAGGCACUGUCUUGCAGUGGCUUUAGUCCUUGGAGGGCUGUACCCAGAAGGUGGUGUUGGGGAACUCCUGUUCGAACCCCCAGCCCUUGUCCUGUCGGGUUCCUCAGGAUUCCAUUUUGUCCCCCAUGCUAUUCAACAUAUACAUGCAACUGCUGGUAGAGGUUAUCCGGAGUUCUAGAGUUCGGUGUCACCUAUAUGCAGAUGACAUCCAACUCUACUACUCCUUUCCACCUAACACCAAGGAAGCUGUCCUGACUCUAAACCAGUGCCUGCCAUAAGUAAUGGACUGGAUGAGGGCAAACCAACUGAAACAAUCCAGGCAAGUCAGAAGGCAGACCAGGGAAUAGGGAUUCAGCCUGUGCUGGAUGGGGUUACACUCCCCCUGAAGACACAAGUCCACAGUUUGGGGAUCUUCCUGGACUAAGCGCUGAUCCAGGAGGGCCUUUACAUAAUUAAAACUUGUGCGUCAACUGUGCCCAUUCCUUGAGAGAUCAGAUCUGGCCACAAUGGUACAUACCUUAGUUACAUCCCAUCUGGAUUACUGCAACACGCUCUACGUUAGGCUCCCUCUGAAGAGUGUUUGGAAUCCUCAGCUGAUCCAAUGAGCUGUAACCAGGUUGAUCACUGAGGUGGGUUACAGGAAGCAGAAAACCCCCCUGUUGCAGCAGCUCCAUUGACUGCCAGUCUGUUUCCGGGCACAAUUCAAAGUCCUGGUUAUGACAUUUAAGGCCCUAGAAAGUACAGGUCCAGGAUAUUUGGCCAACCGCAUCCCCUUGUACGAACCUGCCCGGGCCCCGGGAUCUUCAGGGGAGGCCCUUCUCUCAGUCCCACCUCCGUCUCAAGCUUUGGUUGGCGGGAAUUAGAGAGCAGGAUUUCUUUCUCGGUGGCUGCCCCUCAAGUCUGGAAUUCCCCACCCAGGGAAGCCAGAAUGGAUUUUAACUGAAUUUUUUUAGUGCUGUUUGUGUUUAAUUUUGUUUUAAUGUUUGUACACUUGUAUAUUAGUAUUGUAUAUUAGUAUUGAAUACCAAUGCUUUUCUGUCAAGCCACUUUGAGUCCUCUUUGGGGAAAUAAAGCAGGGUAUAAAUAAUAAUAAUAAUAAUAAUAAUAAUAAUAAUAAUAAUAAUAAUAAUAAUAGGAGGAGGAGGAGGACUUGAGCAUGGAUUAAUUUUGGGAUCCACAGGAGGGCCCUAAAUUCAAGCCCAGCAGGUACCAAGAACUCAUUGUAUACUCUAGAGCAGUGGUUCCCAACAUUUGGGCCUCCAGGUGUUUUGGACUUCAGCUCCCACAGUUCCUAACAGCUGGUAAGCUGUCUGGGAUUUCUGGGAGUUGAAGUCCAAAACACCUGGAGGCCCAAAGGCUGGGAACCACUGCUCUAGAAUUAGAAGUAACAUUGUCCUCCGGAUGUUGGACUGUAACUGUCAGUAUUCAUCAUUACAUAUGCUGACUAGGGCCUGCUGAAAAUUGCAACCUAACUACUUCUGGAGGGCCACAUUAUUUCCAUGUCCAGCUAUAUCCAUUGCUCCAUUGUUCUAGUAUAGAUGUGGCUUUCCAGUUGUCUUUAGACUGCAAGUCCCAACAGCCUUAACAGACAUAGUCAAGAGUUGUGGAUUCAGAGUAGCAGUCCAACACCUGGAGAAAUGCAUGUUUCCAACCCUAUAGUGAUCAGCUAUGCUUAUUUCAAUGGGACUUCCUUCUGAGUAGUUAUGUAAAGACACCCUAUGCCACAUGUUUGCUGGAGUUGUCUCAAACUCAAUUUUCCUGUCAUCAAUUCACUGUUGAAACCAGUGGUUAUAACAACUACAGCCAGAUGAAGAAUGUAACCCUUAUUAUUAUUAGCAUCUUUACUUACACCCCACCCUUUUCUCUCUAGUUUUAAAUAUGCACAUAUGUAUAGACCAUUGGUUGUGUAUCCAAUUCUGCAUGUACCAGAGGGGUCUUUCAAUGAUAAGUGUGGAAAUUAGGUGAACAGAGUACAUUCUCAUCUUUAAUCAGAUGUGCCCAGGUCAAAGCUAUGUGAAAAUGUGGUGAAAUCAUGGAGCUGAGUUGAUGGACUUUAGUGUCAUCACCACAGCUCAGCAUACUUUGGCUAUAUGAUUUGUCACCAUCACAAAGCCCCUUAGGGCAUUAAAAACAGCUUUGUGAGAGGUAACACUGAUGGUGAUAAUGGCAAUGGAUACAAGGUUUCUGAAACAGGCUUAAUGAGACAGACUCGUUCUUGGUGGCACCUCCCUGAAGUAAUUUGAAAUCAUUCUGUCAUAAUGAUCCCACUUUCCUUCAGAGCUGAGAUAGCAACCAAUUUCCACUACAGAUACGUCCUAAAUAUAUUCUGGAGAAUUAUGUGUGUAAUAAGAAAGCAACUCAUCAAUGUAUGUCUUUCUGAGGCAGAAACUAUUUUUUUUAAAAAAUAUUCCUGCAUUUCUAAUGCAGCCAUAUUCACUUUCUUGCUUAUUACUUCAGUAGCAUUGUACUGAGUGGCUUUAUUGGGAGAUAAUGGAAAAUGGCUUCCUGUUCUUUGCCCUAAUUCAUUGCUAACGAAAGCUCAGAGUAGGCUUGCCACUUCCAGCGCGCCCCAUGCCCUACUCUUAUUGAACUGAUUAAGAUUUUGUUCCCCUGGUGGAAGGCUGCUGUGGUCAAAUAAUCUGCUCUCCUGCUGAUCUUGUUAUACUGAAAGGUAUAGCAGUGGGAGGCUAGUCAUAAGGCAGCAGAGCUAGCUGUGAGCUUUGAUAUUUUCCAUUGUAAAGUAUUGAGGGUUUGUGGCAUCCCACUGAGGCUACAUCUUUCUUCUGUGUUCAGUAAAGCUGACCUACCUGGCAAGUAAUUUUCAAAGUGGCCAGAUGAGAAAUCUGUUCAUGGAAACACUCCCCCAGAGUAGGACAGAUCCUUAUGGUAUUUCAUUUAGAGAUAUUUAUUAGAGCCAUUACAGGAAGUGGCUACAAAGAGAUGUCUUGGCAUGGCCUGCUUUUUGACAUUGGGAGCUCUGCUGAAGAGGCACGUUAGAUAAUCAGGGCCACUACAAGGCAACACAAUGGUGUGGCUCUCCAGAUGGUGCUAGACUGCAACUCCCAUAGCCCAAGCCAGAAUCGCUAAUGGUGAGGGAUUGUGAGAUUUGCAGUUCAGUAAUAUUUGCAGGACUGCUUAUUCCUCCUACUCAUGAAACAAUGUUCAUGAGUAGGAGUUCACUUGGAGCUGUAAAUUAGUCUACAAAACUGAUGCUACAAUUUCUUUCAGUUAGUAUCAAAAGUAUUAAAAGAUCUCUUUGCAUACUGAUAUUAUAGAUUAAUCCAGCCAUGCCUUUAAAUUCAUGUUCAUAUAGAUAAGGGGAAAUGUGAGUGUUAAUGCUAAUUAUCUUGCAUAAGAUCAUAUGCUUUUUGAUUGAUGUGUAUCAUCAGAGAUCUUCUGCCACUGAAGUCAUGUGUGUAUGGAAAAGAGAUACAAGUGCCGUCUUUACACAUGUCCAUUGUUCUACUUUUACGGUUUGCACGACACAGAUAUAUUUAGCAAUCCCUACAGUGACAAAUCUAGUAAAUACUUUGCAGAGAAAAUUUCUUGGAUUUGUUGACUUUGGCCCCUUCCACACAGCUGAAUAAAAUCCCACAUUAUCUGCUUUGAACUGGAAUAUAUGGCAGUGUGGACUCAGAUAACCCAGUUUAAAGCAGAUAUUGAGGGAAUUUCUGCCUUGAUAUUCUGGGUUAUAUGGCUGUGUGGAAGGGUCCUUAGACCUUAAAGGCAGAAUCAGAGGAGUCAAUGCGUCAUGGAUUUUCCCAUUUUUGAUGGAUGAGUUUCAGGUUUUUUCAGCAUGCUGGGGGUUUUAUUUUAUUUUAUUUUUUUUGCAAUAUAGUUUUUACUUAUUUCUUAAGAAUGAGGAUACAUAGAAAGUGGGGGAACAAAAUAGAUAGUGAAGAAUAGUGAGAAAGAAGAGAAAGUGAAGAAGAGGCAAAGAGAAGAAGAAAAAAGGAUUUGUGCUUUGACUUCCCAUCUAUGCUUCGAAGACUUUUCUUUCGUCUUCUCUGACAUUUUCUUUCAUUUAUUCUAACCUCCAUCUUAUUUGUUUGUUUUUAUAUGCAAGACAGAUCUAUCAUGAAGUUCAUUCUUCUUUCUCUCAAGAAAUUUAUGACCUUUGUCCAAUCUGUUUUAUUCUUCCCUGUUGUUGACAACUUUCUUAGAGAGGUGAGGCCAGCUGCUUCUCUGUUACACCCAUAGCCAUCCUGGCUAACUAAAACUGCCAGAAGAGUACUGGCCUAUUGGGUGGCAGAGGGCCCUUCCACACAGCCAUAUAACCCAGAAUAUUAAGGCAGAAAAUCCCACAAUAACUGGUUUGAACUGGGUUAUCUGAGUCCACACUGCCAUAUAUUCCAGUUCAAAGGAGAUAAUGUGGAAUUUUAUUCAGCUGUGUGGAAGGGGCCAGAGAUUGUUAAUAGUUCUUGCAAAUAAUGUUAUCUUCCAAUCUCUCUGAAAGAAACAGUUGUAUGAUCUUUGUUGACAAAAACCUUAAAUGCAACCCACCUUAGGUAAUAUCAGCACAGUUUCUAAUCCCCCUUUCUAAGUAAGGUCCUAGAAUGUGUAAUGGCAUCACAGUGCCAAGUUUUCUUGAAUGAAAAGCUUACCUGGACCCCAUUUCAGUCUGGAUUGAGGAAAGAUUAAUAGAUGAACUACACUAGGAGGUGGUCCUCCUUGAUCUUUCAGUGACAUUUGAUAUCACUGACCAUAGUAUUCUUCUAAGUUGUCCUGCAGAUAUGGGGCUUGAGGGCAUUGUCUUGCAGCAGUUCUAGUCUUUCUUGGCUAAAUGUUUUGAGAGGAUGGUGUUGGGGAACUGUGAUUGCACAUGAAUCAGUAUUGUCCCUUGUUUUUAAUGUCUAUAUGAAGCCACAAGGAGAGGUCAUCCAGAGCUUUUGGGUUUGGUAUUUUCGAUG